CACUGUGAGAUUUUUUCUCAGUGCGUUUUUUUCUAAGUAAGCUUUUUUCUGUGUGGGUUUUUUCCGUGUGAGUUUUUUUGGUGUGAGCUUUUCUCCGUGUGAGUAUUUAUUUUGUGCGCAUUUUUCGUGUGGGCUUAUUUCAUAGAUGGCAGCACGCAUCCAAUCGUCAUUCUAGUGUCAACUGUCACAUUUUGCAGUAAUUGUUUGUAAGUGUAUUGCAAAAAUGGGUUGUGAUGGGGGUACAAUUCCUCGUCGAGACGAAUUAGUUCGAGUGAAAAAGAAGCCUGAAGCGAAAGACAAAGAUUCCGAGUUAGUUUUCCAGUGGAGAUACUGUGCAGUUACACAGCAGGUGCUUCAACCCCCGAUUGUUAUGUGCGGUUUGGGCAAACUGUACAACAAAGUGUCCCUAAUUGAAUUACUCCUUAACCGCGAAACAAUGCCACAAAGUGCACUGCAUAUCAAGGGUCUUAAAGAUAUCAAAGAUUUGAAUUUGACUCCAAAUCCAGCUCAUGAAAAUGUGGACAAAAAUCAUGGUGAAAGUGACAAAACAGCUCCUUACAUUUGUCCAGUAAUUGGGCUUGAAAUGUCUGGCAAAUUCCGAUUUGUGGCUUUGUGGUCGUGUGGUUGUGUGUUCUCAGAGCGAGCGCUGAAAGAAAUUGAUACGAAAAAUUGCCAUAAAUGCCAAAAACCGUUCACAGAUGACGAUGUUGUUGUUUUAAACGGAAAUGACGACGAUCUUGUUGUUAUGAAGCAAAGAAUGGAAAUACGCCAACAAAAAUUUAAGAAAAAUAGGGAGAAAAAUAAGAAGGUGGUCAAGGUGGAAGAGGUUACAACACUAGCAGAAAGUGUUGAUACAACAAAGCCAUCAACAAGUGCAACUUCUAAAAAGGUUGAGUCGGAUUCGAAGAAAAUAAAAAAAUAUAUACCUCCACUUAACGGCGCCAAACGUCCUGGUUCGAUUAAAGAAAAUACCCAUGAUGUCAAAAAAAUUAAACCAUCCUACAGUGUUGCAAAGGAUCCUAAGGUGUCAGAUGUGUACAAGUCUAUAUUUACCUCACAUGAAUCAGAAAAACAACAAAAUAGGGCUCACUGGGUCACGUAUAAUCCAUUUUACAAUUAAUAUACAAAGAAAAUCACAUUUAAAUGUUAUUUGUAUUAAUUGGGAAUAAAGUUAUAGAAAUUC